CAGUUGCCACCUGCCCCUCUCAGAGCCAAGCUGGGGGAAUCCCUGUAAAAGCCAUGGCUGGCUGGAGCAGAUCAUCUACUCAAACUCCCCAGGGUUGUGUCUGUGCUGGUGUCUGUGACCAGGGUGAGUGUGAGUGUGGGAGCCCCAAGGGACUCUGAGAGGACAAGGGAAGAGUUGACAUCUGGGAGGUGGAAGGCAGUAAGAGGGAUGUGGAGGAAGAGGGGAUACUGAGGAAAGAGGGUCCUGCCUUGAUUCUGUGAUAUGCUGAACAGAAGUAAGACUCAGGCUGAACCAAGUCUGUGGAAAUCUGUCCUCAUCUCAGGCAUGUAUGGGUCCCUCAGUUUGGUUAGGGGCAUUACUCUCUUGUUAAUAGAAUGGGCACAUCAGCGUGUGAAUACUUUCUGCAGGCUCAGGAAGGAUAAGAAAUCCUGGCUACUUAUUGUAUACAAGAGUGAGAAGCUCCUUACUAUGUCUGAUUGUUGAGACGGCAUAUUUUAUUCAGGGGAAAGGUUUCAGUUUUUUCUUUUCUUUACUGAUGUGUAUAUGCUAGAUAUCCUUAACUAUCACCAUGUGAUUUCAUUUUAAAAGAGACCAAAUUAUCUUUCUUGCUUUAGGUGUCUAAAGAGUUUCAUUAUUCAUUUUCAGGUUGAAAAGUCCUGCUAAGAUGUCCUGCCAGCAGAGCCAGCAACAGUGCCAGCCCCUUCCCAAAUGCCCCCCCAAGUGCCCUCCCAAGUGUCCCACACCCAAGUGCCCCCCAAAGUGUCCCCCAAAGUGCCCUCCAGUCUCUCCCUGCUGCAGUGGUAGCUCUGGGGCUGGCAGCUGCUGCCUGAGCCACCACCACAGGCCUCAUCUCUUCCACCGGCACAGGCACCAGAGCCCUGACUGCUGUGAGUGUGAGCCCUCCGGUGGCUCUGGCUGCGGCUCUGACUCUGGAGGUUGCUGCUGA